AUGGCCACUGCUCUGACCAUCUUGGAUGGCCCGUUUUGGCUUUACUGGCACUUGCUUCGCCAAGCACCCCCCAUUCGAAGUACAGACGACAAGAUUGUCCAGAUUUCAGAAGACACAGUCGUGAAACACUGCCACAGGUGGGAAUCUACCAUCUCUGAAGCACUCGCCAUGGACCUCAUCUGGAAGCAAACCACAAUUGUUACCCCACGAAAGAGACGCAUCAUAAGACAUCUUAACCCAGAAGGAGAUGGUCUGAUAGUCAUGGACUUCGUGCAAAAUGCCCAACAGCUCCGGGUCGCCUGGCCCUCGUUGUCUUUCUUUGGGAAGCUCAAAGUCGUUCUGACAAUGCGCCUUUACCUCCGUCAGCUUCAACGCGUUCAGUACCCUCCGUCUAACAACACUCCUGGUCCGCCAGGUCCGAAACCCUUCUGGUGCGACGGCCUUCAGUUCGGCUUUGACCCGAGAGGUCCAUUCCCAACAAUCUCCGCCCUCGAGGCUUAUUUUCGACAAGAACAUGGCCACGCUGAACACCGUGCGUCGUUGGGUCAGGCACCUCCCCUCAACUGCGAACCCCUUGAUACCUCGGCAUUUGCCUCGUUGGUUUUUACGCACAACGAUUUGAACAUGCGCAACUUGCUGCUAGACGAUCAGCAUGUGCUAUGGGUCGUUGAUUGGGGGUUCUCAGGGUUUUAUCCGCCGUGGUUCGAGUAUCUUGGCAUGGUAUAUGCCUCGCAGAAGGACCGGGAUAUGGAGAGUUGGAAGGGGUGGAUUGGACAUAUGGCUGAGCCGGCGUUUGAGAUUGAAGAGUGGAUGAAAAGGAUAGGCUAUUGCCUCAUAGGCAUGUAG